AUGUGGCGGGAUCGAACAAACCUCUACAUCUCCUACCGGCAGUCCUUUGCGCACCACCCUUCCAAGAAACCUCGUCAUAUUGGAGGAGCCUGGAGUGACCAUGCAGACAGUGCGGGAAUCUCAGAGGAACGCCGUGGACUCAUGUCCGGCGGCGGGUUUGACGAUGAUGGGGACGCUGUUAUAGAAAUGGACCUUCUGCCACCUCGAUGGAUGGACGUACAGGAUGAAGUAACCGAGUACCUGCGAGAUAUUGCCCGGAAGUCUGCACAGUUGGAUAAACUACACCAAAAACAUGUAUUGCCCGGGUUUGGGGACGAGGACGUCCGAAGAGAGGAGGAGGAUAUGAUUGAACGAUUGACUCAAGACAUUACGAGAGGGUUCCACGAUUGCCAGAGAUCUAUACAGAGAAUCGAGAUAAUGGCACGAGAGGCACGAGAACAAGGCUCUACCAAUAAGGGCGAGGAUACCAUGGCUAGGAAUCUGCAGAUAUCCCUUGCGGCACGGGUACAGGAAGCUAGUGCUGGGUUUAGAAAGAAACAAAGCACAUAUUUAAAAAAACUACGAGGCAUAGAUGGAAUGGUCUCACCGCUCGAAAGAUCUGCCUCACCAAUACAAAACCCAUAUACAGACCCAUCUCUAAUAGAAUCCGAUGCCGACAAGUCAUACUCCCAAUCUACCCUUCUACAAACAGCACAACAACAUCAGCAACAUUUAGGCUGUAACGACUCAGCAAUUGCACAGCGAGAACGAGAAAUCAACGAUAUUGCAAAGGGCAUCAUUGAGCUCUCGGAUAUUUUCCGUGAAUUGCAGACCAUGAUUAUCGACCAGGGAACUAUGCUAGACCGCAUAGACUUCAACGUCGAACGAAUGACCGUUGAUGUUAAAGGUGCUGAUAAGGAAUUGAAAGUUGCCACGAAUUACCAGAGACGAACAACGAAACGAAAAAUAAUACUCCUUUUAGCUCUCCUAGUUGUCGGGAUGUUCAUUAUACUCCUUGUCAAACCAAAGAAACAUGCUGAUGCUGCUAAACCUUCUUCACAACCACCUCCCCAAGCACCACAAAACCCGCCACUCGAGAGAUCUCUUCCACAAGACCACAAGCCGUAUAAGCCAGGACAGAGGAGGAAUACCGCUCGCCAUUGGCUUCUGGCUAAUAUAUGGGAUGAGCCAGGCAUCCCAUUAGCGUCGUGA